UGCGCGCUCCCGCUGCUGCGCGGCUGGUGCGGAGAGCGCAGCGCAGCGCAGCCUGUCCCGCCGUGCCCGGCGGAGCAUCCCCCCUCCCCCGGGCCCCCCCGGCCCCCGCCGCCGGCCCAGUGCAUGAGGCUGGUGUCUGCCCCAGAGCCACCCAGCGCCCACACUGACGCACAAGGCAGCGUCGGGAGCCAUGUCGGGUUCCUACGACGAGUCGGCAGCAGCGGCGGAGGAAACAACCGACAGCUUCUGGGAGGUGGGGAACUACAAGCGCACGGUGAAGCGGAUCGACGACGGGCACCGGCUGUGCAAUGACCUCAUGAACUGCGUGCACGAGCGCGCCAAGAUCGAGAAGUCCUAUGCCCAGCAGCUCACCGACUGGUCCAAGCGGUGGAGGCAGCUCAUCGAGAAAGGGCCCCAGUACGGCAGCCUGGAGAAGGCCUGGAGUGCCAUCAUGACCGAGGCAGACAAGGUGAGCGAGCUGCACCAGGAGGUGAAGAACAGCCUGCUGAACGAUGACUUCGAGAAGGUCAAGAACUGGCAGAAGGAUGCCUACCACAAGCAGAUCAUGGGAGGCUUCAAGGAGGCCAAGGAGGCUGAUGAUGGCUUCCGGAAAGCCCAGAAGCCUUGGGCCAAGAAGCUCAAGGAGCUGGAGACAGCUAAGAAAGCCUACCACCUGGCCUGCAAGGAGGAGAAGCUGGCCAUGACCCGGGAAGCCAAUAGCAAGGCGGAUCAGUCCAACACCCCUGAGCAGCAGAAGAAGCUCCAGGACAAGGUGGAGAAGUGCAAGCAAGAUGUGCAAAAGACUCAGGAGAAGUAUGAGAAGGUCCUGGACGAGCUGAACAAGUGCACCCCGCAGUACAUUGAGAGCAUGGAGCAGGUCUUUGAGCAGUGUCAGCAGUUUGAGGAGAAGAGGCUCAACUUCCUCAAGGAAGUGCUGCUGGACAUCAAGAGGCACCUGAACCUGGCCGAGAGCAGCAGCUAUGCCAACGUGUACCGGGAGCUGGAGCAGACCAUCCGCCUCUCGGACGCGCAGGAGGACCUCCGGUGGUUCCGCAGCACCAGUGGCCCUGGGAUGCCCAUGAACUGGCCCCAGUUCGAGGAGUGGAACCCCGACCUGACGCACACGAUAACGCGGAAGGAGAAGCAGAAGAAGGGCGAGGGAGUGACCCUGACCAACACCGGUGCGGGCGAGACAGGGGCAUCGGCAGGCGAACGCGGGAGCGUCAGCAGCCACGACCGCGGGCAGACCUACAGCGCCGAGUGGUCGGACGAUGAGGGCAGCAACUCCUUCAACACCAGCGAGGCCAACGGCGGCGCCAACCCCUUCGAGGAGGAGGCGAAGGGCGUCCGGGUGCGGGCGCUGUACGACUAUGACGGGCAGGAGCAGGACGAGCUCAGCUUCAAAGCAGGUGAUGAACUGACCAAACUGGGUGAAGAGGACGAGCAGGGCUGGUGCAAAGGGCGCUUGGACAACGGGCAGCUGGGGCUCUACCCUGCCAACUACGUGGAGGCAAUCUAAAUCUUGUGGUGUGCUCCUCAUCGCCGUCAGCAGAUCACUCACCCUCUUGUCUCCAUCUCCGCCGCCCAGCGGCCGCGCUGCCGUCUGCUCCUCACUCCUCACUCGUAGAGAUUUUGGCAUAUUUUCCGACCAAGCUUUUAUUUUUUUAAGAGUUGUCUCUGGAGAGUAUUUUGCAUAGCAGCUUCCUGCUGAGGUGCCUGGCGCCAGGGCUGCCCCUGGCCGCCGGUCGCUGGUUUGUUUUCCAAUACCUCAAGAUCUUAAAGCCCAACCAGUGAGAGCUCCUGAUUGGUUGGAUUUUAAAGAUACUGAAAUCAUGAGCCGCCUUCUGAUUGGCUGGAACUGUUCCAAAAUGCACAGCGCUGAAGCUCCUGGGACCAAUCAAAUUCUUCCCCCCCCCCCCCCCCCCCCAAACCCAAGAGUGAAUGGAGCUCGACUCCAUCUUUUGAUGUUUCCACCUUCUCCUCCCCAGAGCAUCCUCCCUUCCCACAGGAGGAGGACAAAUGUCCCCUUCUGCCCUGCAGCCUCCCGGCCCCAUCUGCAGGCAGAUCCCUACCCAGGCAAGGUGGAACCAACCCUGCGGUGGAGCUUGGUGGCAUCUCCUCAGCUUCCUCCUCCUCCCUGUGGCUGGGCUGCCAGCACGUCUGGAGCAAGAGGAGGCUCUGAAGCCGAUGCCCAGCAUGUGCUGCAGGGAGCAGCAUCGCCCUUGGCAGGCCAGCACACACCAGUUCUGGGGUGAGAUGGCCCUAGAAUGCUGCUUGGAGAUGGACCCAGCGCAGCCUGGUUGGCAGCACCUUCAUGCCCAGCCUGGGAUAGUGGGGACUGGCUUGGAUGCUGCUGGGGACGGUCGCCAUCAAAAUCCCUUCCUGAGCAGAGGCAGGAGCAGCACAGAGAUGGGGAUAAGCAAUGUCCAGCCUUGUGUGGUGCCAGCAGGAGCUGCAGCCAGCUGGGGGACAAGGAGGGCUCAGUGUGGGCAGCAAAGCAGCUGCUUGGUGAAGAUGGCUAAGAGGAAGACACCAAAACAGGAGCAUGGCCACAGGCUUUGCCCUCUGCUUGUCCCCAAGGGGCUCUGCCCACCCUGCGCUUGGGCUUUGCAGCUAGAUAUGGCAUGAAUGGGAUCCUCUCAGCACCCAGCAUGGUCACCCCAACCCCUCUGCCCCUGGCGCUUUUACCAGCCUGAGCUCUUCCUUUCAGACCAUCUCCCCUUGUUUUCCAUCCCAUCCCCCUCAGCAACACCGAUGCCAUCAGACCUCUGCUCGCUCCUCCCUUCCCCUCUCGCUGUUUCAUGAAUUUUUUGGCCCCAGGGAUCAAACGUUCUCAUGGAGGCAGGAGAUGCACCAAGUGCUGUGGGGGGCACCGUGACUGAGAACCACGCAGCCCUGCGUCCCCUGCCAGGUAUGCAAAAACAAGAUGUGGGGGGGGGAAGGACACAAGAAGGAAAGAAAACCAACAACAACUCCAACAAAAACAACCCCGCGAAGAGUCGGAAACGACCCAACCAAGCUCCUGUCAGCCACGCCCCGGUUUUGUCCAGUGGUGGUGUAACCUCAGAGGUCUCUCUAUAAUCUCUCUCGUGAUUGUAUGACUGUGGAUACAACAACAACAAGCAGCAAGAGAAAAUAACUGAGCUCUGUAAGCCUCCUCCA